AUGGAGGAGCAGCUCGUGCAGCUCCUCGCCAACAUCCAGCUGCCGGACCAGGGGCCCCGACAACAAGCUGAGAUCGAGCUCAGGCAUGCCCGGACGAAUCCUGUAUUUCCCGUAUCCUUGGCCAAGAUUGCCUCUCAUGCCUCGGUCAGCACCGGUGUCCGCCAGGCUGCCUUGACCUCUCUGAGGCAGUUUAUCGAGGGCAACUGGGCUAUUGGAGACCAGGACGACGAACCUAUAAUACCCAUCGACGAUGACACGAGAGCUAUCCUGAGACAGUCCUUGCUUGAUUUGGCGUUGAGCCAAGAGGAGGAUCGAAAGGUGAAGAUCUCGGCAAGUUACGCAGUCGGCAAGAUUGCCAUUCACGACUUCCCCGAGCAAUGGCCCAACUUGCUGCCUACCGUUUUGAGUACGAUUCCGUCCGGCACCGAUGCUCAGCUCCACGGAGCUCUGAGAGUCCUCGGCGACCUCGUCGAGGAGAGCUUGAGCGAGGAUCAAUUUUUUUCCAUGGCUCGUGAUAUUGCCAAGACCCUGACAGAAGUUGCCCUCAAUGAGAACCGAAAGCCCAUGCUCCGAGCCCUCGCCAUUUCCGUCUUCCGAUCCUGCUUCGAUUUGAUGAACAUGGUCAAAGACGAUCACUCUCAGGAAGUCAAGGCGUUUGCUGAAGAGUUGCUUGCCCAAUGGAACCCGUUCUUUGUCAGUGUUCUCAAAAGCCGUCUACCAGAGGCUGAUGUGAGCACGGGUACCCAGCCCGACAGCUGGAACCACAUAGUUGCCCUCAAGCUGCAGGUCGUCAAGACUCUGCUUCGUAUUCGCAGAGUCUUCCCCAACCUACUGCUUCCCCAGAGCACUACCUUCUUUAGCGCCGUUUGGGAGGAACUGAACCUUUUGCAGACACCACAUGAAGAGCUCUACAUCAAGACCAACGCCCAGGGCCGCCUCGAGGACUCUGAUAACCUUCCAUACACCUUGGACUUCCUGAUCCUGGAAGAGCUCGACUUCCUCAACCAGUGCUUCCGCUCCCCUCCCGUCAAGGCGGAAUUGGAUGGCCACUUGCAAGCCCACGCUUCCGCCCAAGAUGUGCCCUGGAUGGUCGAGAUUAUGAGAAUGCUGGUCAGCUACUCUCGGGUCACCCAAGAAGAGGAGGAACUGUGGGACAUCGACUGCUCCUUGUACCUGGCCGAAGAGACGUCAGUUACGGCAAACUACACUGCUAGAACUGCUGCUGGUGACUUGCUGAUCAAGAUGGGAGAGUGGUUCAAUGAGAAAGCCGUUGAUGGCUUGUUUGGUUUUACAAAGUCGCUGUUUCCCGGCGACGGAUCCUUGUGGAGAAGUCAGGAAUCCGCCCUUUUCCUCUUUACGAUGCUUCUGAGUGACUUCCAGGAUCUUAGUAAGACUAUCCCUGACGCUGUUGCUAGCGCCUAUCUCGAAUUGGUUGAUUUCACCAUUAACAAGCCUGAUGAACCUCUGCUUCGCGCUCGUGGCUACCUCGUUGCCGGUAUCAUUGGCCGCUCCUUUCAAACUCCUCUCGCGCUCUUGGAUCGCAUGGUCCAUGCCAUCACAAAUGAGGAGUCAGAAGUUGUCCAAGUCGCCUGUAUCAAGGCUGUUGAAGGCUUGAUUAACUCCGGUCGAGUAGGCGCCGAUCGCCAGGUGCCCAUCAUUACCGCUAUCCAAUCCUACAUGAACGAAAAGGACCCUGCUGAAAUGGAAGAGGCAGACGAACUCCUUGUCGUCCUUGCUGAGACACUCCGUUCGACCAUUAGUCUGGAUACCAAGAUUGCUCUUUCAAGUGACAUUCAAUCCACCGACCUGCUGUUCAUGCUAGCCAAGCUUGGCGCCAGCAACUUCCAAGUCACGAUGAUAAUUUCAGAGGCCUUUGAGGAUAUUGUUGCCAGCCUUUCAGACAGUGCUUCGUUCAGCGCUCUUUGCGCUCGUACUCUGCCUACGCUCACCGGUGCCUUUGAUGUUGCUAGUGUGACUGAAGACAACCCUCUUGUCACAGUCGCCACUGAACUGCUUGUUGUUCUGGCCGAAAAUGGUUCAGAGCCACUCCCUGCUGGGUUUGUGGCCACCAUAUUCCCCAAGUUGAACCGUCUCUUGAUGGAGUCGGAGGAAGGCGAAGUCCUCCGACCCGGCUCUGAAAUUGUCAAGUGGGUUCUCUCUCAUGAUCAUCAGCAGGUUUUCAAUUGGCAAGAUGCAAAUGGCCGAUCAGGCCUCGAGGUCUGCUUGCACAUCAUUGACCGUCUACUUGGCCCUUCUAUAGAGGAUAACUCUGCAUCCGAAGUAGGUGGACUGGCUGCAGAACUCGUUGAGAAGGCUGGUCAAGAACGUCUUGGUCCGUUUCUGCCUCAGCUUUUGCAGGCCGUCGCCAAUCGACUUGCAUCCGCUCAAGCUGCCGCUUUCAUCCAGUCUUUGAUCUUGGUCUUUGCACGGCUUUCUCUGAACGGCGCUCAAGAUGUCGUCGAGUUCCUAAGCCAGAUUCAGAUCAAUGGGGACAGCGGACUGCAGGUUGUUAUGGCGAAGUGGCUCGAGAACUCAGUUAGCUUUGCAGGCUAUGAUGAAAUCAGACAAAAUGUCAUUGCCCUUUCGAAGCUCUAUGCACUUAACGACUCCCGCCUCGCCCAGAUUCAAGUUAAGGGUGACUUGAUUGUAGGCGCCGAUGAUGGCAAGAUUAAGACUCGGUCACGCGCGAAACAGAACCCUGAUCAAUACACAAUCGUCCCUGCUCCCCUAAAGAUCGUCAAGGUCCUCAUUGAAGAGCUUGCAUCCGCUGCUGGUGCAGGUGCGGCUGCCAGCACUGCAGCUGCCGCCGUUGCUGCUGCCGAGUUUGACGAAGACAACGAUGAAGACGGCUGGGAAGACGACGACGAUACCCUUGACCUUAGCCUGGCUGCUACCAAGGCUGAUCUCAUGACCUUCAUGGAAGGCGGCCCCCAGCGACGACCAGACGAUGAGACUCACUCUUACCUGACGGAGUUCUUUGUCCGAUGCGGCCGUGAGAACAUUGCCAACUUCCAGGAGUGGUACAACAUGCUUUCCGAAGACGAAAAGACCAGGCUUAACCUAGUUGCCAACUCUGCAGGCUAA